AAUAAAGAAGCCAAAAUGCUAGUAAAAAUGAAUAACAAAGUCCUCAAAAAAAUGAUCGAAGUUCGACCAAUCUAUUGUGUUACCAAAAACCAAUUCUCGUUGAGUAAUGAGAAUUCCCAGAACGGUAAAACGUCUCAGGACUCGGGGGAUAUAUUCAAGUACUACAAUGAAGCGAGCCCAGAUUUCAGCGCCAAAUACCGACCGCUGGAGGAUAAGGAUUACCAGAAAUACUUUAGUUCUAGAUCAUUGACGAGAGAGCCUGCCUUAACCAGACUGAUCACGUCUCUCGCGUAUAAAGUGGGCAAGAAAAUGCUGUCUCUGGCUGAAGGCAUGCCCAAUGAAAACAUAUUCCCGUUCACUAAAUUACGUCUGGAGACUCGAUCUGGGAAUACCCUGACGAUGGAAGGAAAGGAACUCGCUGCAGCGCUUCAAUACCUGCCUUCACAGGGACUUCCGGCGCUCCUAGACACGCUACAAAAUUUCCAACAGUGCCUCCACCGCCCCCCACCUCACUCUCGCGGGGUUAUAGUCACCAACGGCUCUCAACACGGCAUCUACCAAUGCAUAGAGCUGCUAAUGGAGCCCGGAGACUCAAUUAUCACCAGCGAGUUUGCUUAUCCCGGCGUGUUCAUCGCACUCAAGCCAUACAAUCCAGAAAUUAUCGGUAUCCCAGAAGACUCAGAUGGAAUAGAUCCAAACAUUCUCGAGACUGUUCUAUCAGCCAAAUUAUCGCAGGGUCUGAAGAUGCCCAAAGUGUUGUACACCAUUCCUACUGGGAAUAAUCCUACAGGAUCUAUACUUAGUGAAGAAAGAAGAAUAAGGAUCUAUGAACUGGCUUGUCAGUAUGAUUUCCUGAUACUAGAAGACGAUCCGUAUAUGUUCUUGAAUUACACAGAGAAAGCAAUCCCGUCAUUCCUGUCCAUGGACGCGUGCGGGCGCGUGAUCCGCUUGGACUCCCUGUCGAAGGUGGUGAGCGCGGGGCUCCGCGCGGGCUGGGUCACCGCGCCCAAGCCGCUUAUCGAGCGGUUCGAACUGCAGAUACAAGCUGAGCUGCUGCACAGUAAUACUUUAUCGCAGGCAAUUCAAAACAAGAUACUCUCCGACCAGUCAUCACUAGGUACUCACCUCAGCGUGUCCCAGCUCUUCUACCGUCAGCGACGCGACGCGUUGCAACGUUCGCUGCUUCGUGCGCGCAUCAACGACUUGGCCGACUGGCACGUGCCGAAUGCUGGGCUCUUCCUGUGGCUCAGAGUCAGGGGGGUGGAUGAUGUUUACAAUAUGGUAUUUGACACCGCGUUAAAGCGUGGGCUGAUGCUAGUUCCCGGGCAGGCUUUUCUGUAUGACAGUGGCGCCACCUCGCAGCACCUGCGGCUAACGUUUAGUAAAGUUCCCAUGGAGCAGAUGGACGCAGCCGCGGGCUUGCUCGCCGACAUUAUCCGCGAGGAGCAGCAGCGAACUAACCGGCCACGACAUUUGGCCACCGAGUGGUAGAUGGCGCUGUUCUUUUGAAUAAUUGUUACGCAGACGUUCUCGGAUUUGUAUUAUUUAUAACAUUAAUAGCUAGUUAUACGUAUUCUAAGUAAUAAUAAAAAAUAAAAUACUUUAAUUCAGUAACCCCGUAAAGACUAUGCCUAUUUAGUUAUACUUUUUGUUAUUUUAUUGCCUAUGUACGUGUUGGGACAAAGUAAACGAUUUAUAUUUCUUAUUAUUAGUACUGUUAACAUAUAUAUUGUGCAAAAUAAAUAAUUAUUACACUUUUACCAAGCUCUACUUCAAAAUAAAAUUGUUCCC